AUGGGGGCUCAAGCAGAAAAUCCUGACACCUUGUGCUCCUUGGCCAGGGAGCAGUCAAUGGAGAUGAGUGUCCCCUGCAGUGAUGAUGAUGAUGAUGAUGAUGAUGAUGAUGAUGAUGAUAAAGCUCAGGCCGCAUCCAGCACGUCUUUAGUGCCUGCGUUCUGGAGAGAAAAGGAACAGAAUGAAGAGUUCAAGGACGCUCCAAAAAUGAAGGCAAAGAAAGUUACUAAGAAAAUUUUCCCCAGUUCCCCUCUGUUUGAGAAGUGGGGAGGCGAGUUGUCUGAGAAAGAACAAAAGGAGGCAGAAAGCUUGUUUCUACAAUAUGGAUACAACGUUUUUCUAAGUGACAGGCUGCCCCUGAACAGGGACAUCCCAGACACCAGAGAUCCCAGUUGUGCAAACAAACAAUAUCCAGAGGACCUUCCGACCCUGAGUGUGGUUCUAAUUUAUCUGAAUGAAGCCCUGUCCAUCCUGAAGCGCGCCAUCAGGAGCGUCAUUGAUAAGACCCCUCCUCACCUGUUGAAGGAGAUCAUUCUCGUUGAUGACUGCAGCACAAAUGAUGAUCUGAAAGACAAGCUUGAAGACUACAUCAGGCUAAUAAACAAGCAGCGUCCCGGGCUGGUUAAGCAGGUGAAACAUGCCAAACAGAUGGGGCUGACACAGGCACGGAUAUCUGGAUGGAAAGCAUCGACGGGAGAUGUUGUUGCUAUCUUGGAUGCCCAUAUUGAAGUUCAAGUAGAAUGGGCUCAGCCAGUUCUUGCCCGGAUUAAGGAAGAUCGCACCGUGAUUGUGUCACCAGUCUUUGACAAGGUGAACUUCGACACCCUAAACGUGGUCCAUUAUGCUACUGCAGCUCAUGCUUUUGACUGGGCGUUGUGGUGCAUUUAUGAGUCGUUUUCACCCGACUGGUACAAACUAAAUGAUGUCUCCAUUCCAGGAAAGUCUCCUUCUAUUAUGGGCAUUCUCUUUGCAGACAGAUUAUUUUUUGGAGAAAUUGGUGCUCUGGAUGAUGGAAUGAAAAUCUAUGGUGGAGAAAAUGUGGAGCUGGGAAUUCGAGUCUGGCUGUGUGGGGGCAGCGUGGAGGUGGUCCCCUGUACCCGCAUUGCCCACAUCGAGAGGGCACACAAGCCGUAUCUCCCAGACCUGAGCAUCACAAUGAAGAGAAAUGCCCUGAGGGUGGCCGAGGUUUGGAUGGAUGAAUAUAAAAGAAAUGUACUUGUUGCCUGGAAUCUCCCAAUUAAGGAUCACGGUCUUGACAUUGGUGACAUUUCAGAAAGAAAGAAGCUCAGAGAAAAGCUGCAGUGCAAGCCUUUCAAAUGGUAUCUGGAUAAUGUGUACCCUCAGCUUGAUCUGUGGGAAGAUCUUCUUGCAUAUGGAGUUCUCAAGAACACUCUGGAAGAAGAACUUUGUGUUGAUCAAGGAGCAGUUUCAGGAAGUGUACCGAUAAUCUAUGGAUGUCAUUACUAUACCCAACAGAACACAUACUAUCAUAGGAAUGGUGAGUUUUAUAUUGGAGGAAUAAAAUCACAUAAAUACAACAGUAAUCUCUGUUUAGUGGAUCAUGGGAAUUCCAACUCCCCAGCUUUACAUAACUGCAAAACAGCAAAGGAGAAAGGCUUCAACAUGCUCUGGGACUUCAAACAGGGACAAGCACUUAGAAACAGAAAAACAAAGAGAUGUCUUGAAAUUGCAAAGCAUGACUACUACCAUUUAGUCAUUCAAGAAUGCACAGGACAGGCCUGGAAAAUACAGCAUGUUAUCCAUGAGUUUUAACGAAUGUUUGAUCAAAGGACUACAGUGGGCUGGCACCCUGCCCGGGGUUUGUUUCCUGCCUUGCGCCCUGUGUUGGCUGGAAUUGGCUCCAGCAGACCCCCGUGACCCUGUAGUUAGGAUGUAGCGGGUUGGAAAAUGGCUGGCUGACUGACUGACUGGAUGGAUCAAAGGAAAUCAAACCAAAAAAACGUAUCAACGAUAUUCAUGGGUCUGCCUCAGCACAGUAGAAGAAGCCCAUUUUACAUAUCAUCUCUCCUUAGAUGUGAUGUGUCAUUGAGAUAUGAAAGUGUGUGUGACCUGACGAGAGGCCCAUCUAAACACACGAGAGGUUCUGCAGCUUGGCUGACAUGCUGCUGGCUGUGAGGUUCCAAUAAGCCGUGACUGUAACCAGCUGAAUUUAGCACCACGUUUUAAUUAUCUUCUACAUUGUCAUGAUGUGCUAUUGUGUUGUUUAAUUUUAGUUUUAAUUUUAAAAGAAGCAAAAAUUCAUUCAUUGCAAACCUUUUUACAUUUGGUGAUGUCCUCCACCUACCGUAUUCAGUGCAAAUGUGAGAGCUGGUGACUGCUGCCCUUUUGUUUUCAUCCAUUUUGGAGAAGUACAGUCGUUGAAGAGAUGUACAAGAUUAUUUAUAGUCUGUGGAGAAGCUCCUCCAACACGUGCACUGUGCAUGCAGAAGAUUUUGGCUGUGGAGGAAAACCAGGAGUCUUGAGGAACAACGAAUUUCAGUCUCCGUUCAGCAGCACACAUCACAGACUGAUUUAUUAUUCCACGUCAUUGCAUGGAGAGCAGCACCACAGCAGCAGGAAGAAUAACACCAACUUCUCCAUGACGGCCAUCACAAAACUGACUUUGAUCUCGUCAGAACAGUAAAUGUGCAGUGUGGGCAUUUUCUAUUGACCAGAUAACUAUGGCUGACUUCAUUUGUAAUUUUUAGUAAACCUCUUGUUUUAAGAUUGA